UUUCGAGGGAAUGUACAAAGUACACGAAUGUUGCGACGCGAUGUGUCCAUGUGGCUCUAAGGAGCGAGGUAACGCGAUGUAAACAAACAAGAUUAGGACGCUCGCGAUUCCCAUUGUCCCAAGGUGAAUUUGACGCAUUCAGAAAUGGGGAAAGUGACAGGCGGUGUCCGAACCAGUGACAGCUCCGACGAUGAUCGGAGAAAUUUCAUCGAAGACGAGCGCAAAGCUAGGACGAAGAAGAAGAGACGUAAAAGGGACCUGACGGACCUGCACAGAAAGAUUUCAAAGUCCAGGAAGACGAAGGAGACGAGAGUCGACCGGAAACAGGGGAAGGCGCGAAAUUCGAAAAGGAUUUGUAACAGAAUUCUCCCUAAACCCUUGGUCGGGAUCUACAAAAAUGGCGCCGUGGGAAAGUCAAUUCGAAAGUCUGAAUCGAACGCGACCUUGGGCGAAUCCGGGGUGGCACGGCUACAGGGAAACGUCCUGAAGCUGCUGCAUGGAUAUAAUUCCAAAUCAGAUUAUGUUAUGGUCGAAAGGAACCCUGACAAAGACGCAAGGGAUCCACUUUUUGAUCCUAUUGUUAAAAACAUUCCGCUGCGUCUAACUCCUCUUGGUGACGAUUGUGUAAGUCCUGUUUUGGGUAAAGUAGAUGGGAAGAAACGACGCCACAAGGAUGCAGUUACAGAGAAUGCUGGACCAUCCAAGUCCCCUGGAUUCUUACAGAAGCCUUCAGAAAAGAAGGAAUGCAUCAACCCUGAUAGCCAACGUUGCAAUGCCCUCAGUUGUUACACCAAGCUUUGUAACACCAUCAGUUCUGACUUCGAGAAGCAGAUUUUCCCCAAUCAGUCCACUGAAGAAUUGUUGUCUGCGAUGAAGAAAAAGUUGAGAAGUAAAUACGCAGAGUCCUUCCACAACCAGCUGCAGGGUAUGAUGAGACGCGACAUGACGUUGAAGGGAAGCGAGAAUGCUCUGUCUUCUCUAGCGGAAUACAAUCUUCCUCCCAAGAUCCAUCCUCCAACAAAGGAUUCAGACUUCCUUCCGUUGAAUAUUGGAAUACCAGAAUGUCAAGUGCGUUUAGCCAGAAACGAUGAGAAAGACUCGAAUCAAAACACGUUUCUAUUACCAAUGACAAGGAAUUUCAACUCUGAUGACAAGAGGAACAAGCCUCCCACGCCCAAUUUGUUGUUUGGCUUGCCCAUGCUGGACACCUUCGCUGAACCUAAGAGAUUUCAGCAUCAGCUAGCAUCAGAUUCGCUAAAAAUAAGAAACAAGGAAUUUGAAAGUGAUGGCGAAGUAAGUGAUCGCAUUCAUACUUCUACCGAGGUCAAUCUAUCAAGCAAGAGGGCGACUAAUGUAAAGUAUUUUGAAAAUAGAGUUGAGAAAGGCAAGGGGAAGUCAGUUUUGUUCCUCCCAAGCGAGACAACGGAAGAUCUCGUGAACCAAAGUCAUUUGAUAAAACGCAAGAAUCAGCGUACGCAGACGGUAGACGUCGAGACAAAGGGACAAUCGAGGAAGCAGAACCUGAAGACCUUGCAGCAGGGCAAAGCGAAGAACCUAAAGCACAUCCCAGCGAUCCUGCGACGAUGUAACAAUGGUAUCGCAAACAACAAUCGAGUGAAUAUAUUCGAGAAACCUAAGUGUUUCAACAAACAACCCAGAGAACUGAGCGUUAUCUUCACACCGCAAUCCUUAUCAGCGACCUCUAGCGAGAACUCGAAGGUGUUGGACCCACCAAGCAUUGUAAGCACAUUGUUUAACAAUCCCGAUAAGAAAAGUGUCUACUCUGAGGCAUUCAGGACAUCUUGCUCUCUGGACACUAAGCAACAAUCACAGGACUCUACUUUCCUGCGUAAACCUAAGGCAUAUACACAUCCUAAGACUGUAAUGUUCACCAGAAAGGACUCUGACAACCCAGACCAGUACCUGCGACUGGAAAAUUUCAUCCCGGAUCAUUCAUCAAAGAGGACCAUCCAUCGGCAGCCUGAGAAAUCCAUGAGGAGCACUUGUGCAGCCCACAGGAACUGUCAGAGAAUACCCACAGAGCAUUACCAACAGCUUCGAUGCUCCCAGAACUAUGACGAGUCGAGGUACGUGGACCAGAAGUUCAAGCAGAUGGAGUCACCGCAAAUGCAGACUGUGCAGAUGCAGCGAGAGCCUGUGGUUUGCGAGAAGCUCCUGUUGAGGAGGGUACAGAGAUGUGGAAAUGGUCAGCAGUGUCGUGAGAAAGAUCAACGUGUCUGCUAUGUGAUCAUGGACCAACCCCAGGCUGAGAAAUCUAGAGUCUUGCAAAAUGGUCAUUGCUGUCAGGAGGAUAUGCCUGACGUUGGUAUCCUCAGAGGCGUGCAGAACCUCCAAAUACUGCCAGUAGCACCUGCAGACCUUGCUAAAAAUCAGUGCAUGGGGAAUACUGUGCUCGUGGAGGAGCAACCAGUCAAGUACUUGGCCAUCGAUAGAGAUUCAAAGGUUCAGAAGAUGCCAAUAUACAGGCAAGCAAGUGACCAGGUUGCCAGCAUCGAUGCAGUGGAUGUAGCUAAUCCUACAGUUAAUUAUCGGGUCGUGUCCUGCCCUCGAGACACCUCGCAGAAGGUUAUACUCAUACCAGCUUGCGAACAGGACAAUCUAGUGUACGUGAAGGACCAAAGCCAGUUGAACGCAAACUACGACCUGUGCUCGCAUCCUAGACAAGAGAUUUUGUAUCAACCAGGGUAUCGGUGUGUCAAAGAUCCUAUGGAUACUGUUGAUUUGCAGGGGAUUAGUAGGAAGUUGAGGAGGAACGUCGUUCGUGGGGAGUACCUGCAGUGUCGACCUCAUGAGCACGCUGUUCGCACAAGGAGUAAAGCAGUCUUUUCCCAAGAGUGAAGUUAUCGAAACUCUUAAAAUACAUAAUAUAGUAUAUAUGUGUUUUCUAUUAUAUAUCAGUGGGAUACGUAGAAUUAUUUAUUACGUUUUUCUUGCGAUAAUUUUUGCCAAGUAUUAAUAGAGAUUUGAAUUCGAGUGUCCUCAAAGAAGACAGCUGAGGCCUAAAAUAGUCGAGAGAAUCGUUUCUUUGUUCUUUUAGAUUUGUAUAUUUAUAAAAAACAAAAAACCACGGGGCUUUACUGAAUAAGAGAGGAUCACCUUUUAAAGUUUAUUUCACGCGAACUUUGUUUUGUUACUAGCAGAACAAAUUAAAUAAAAAAAACAAAACAAAUGGAAAUAAUUUAAUCUUUAUACGUUAAGUGUAAUCGAAUUGAAUAGCAAUUUUCUGUUAUAUUUAUGAAAUAUUCAAGCAUUUGAUAUUAUCGUUUACUUUGUACAACUUCCAGUAUUAAAAUA